AUGAAAAUGGGUAAACGUGGGCGAUUUAAAAUGCAGAGUGCAGGAAGGGUGGCAAAAUAUGGAGGGAAUCCUGAACCUGUCUGUAUCCCACACAGGGAGUACCAUCUCAGUCCUGAAGUCAUCCAAGAGGAAGAAGCACUCCGCCGCGAGCCCCAAUAUUUGCCGUUCUUCCGGAAUAGGAAUGACAGCAACCAUCUCAGCUCUCCGGGAACAUUUUCAUUCUCUUCGCUGCCUUGGGCCCAUAUCAUACGAGCUCCGGUGACUUCAACAUGCUGUGGAGCACUCGUCUCAACCGACGAUAGCAAUUAUGGUGCUAUUCGCUUCAAUCCUAGUACGCUGGGAAUCGUAUUCGAGGUUGAGGAGGGAAACUUUAGUCUCUUGGAUGAGGGUGUGGUCGUGCUGAUGCCCCUGCGCUCCCUGGCCGAUGAGUGGUCGUGGGAUAGGCCCCGGCGCAACUUAGUUAGCGUAGCAGCUAAGCGCCGCCACUCGCGCUAUUAACUAGCGCGCCUUGACCCUGAAUCAACAUCAGUUCAACACUCAAGAGCCCCCCCCAUUGAGAAUCCCAACAGCGAGGAACAUUGAGUAGAAUAAAGUAUGCUUUGAAAAGAAAAGUUAUUUCCAACCGACUCAGUAUUUUCCAGACAAAGAGUAGAACCAAUUCAUAUGAACAUGGCGGCCCUCCGCAAGCCCAAGCGAUACUACGAGAUAUCUAAAUUAUCUACCUUUUAUCCAAUUAUUCUUUGCUCAAAAUCCUCACAGCAUGCGUCUGAAAGACGCCAAAUCUCCAUUCCCAAGGAACACAUCCCAUCCCGAAGACAACACCUUGAAUCGAAGCCAAAUGAAUCAACAAAAAGUCUCUCCACCGACUUUUGUCGCUCAUAUAUGCUAGAGAAACUAUGAAGAAUCAAAGAAAUAACAAAGAAGAACGCCCUCGAUGAGAUUAACAGGAGCGGUGAGGCCCUCUGCUUCCACUACCCUGUUCUGCAUCCGCACGCACGUACGUACAUACGUAAUGUACAUACAGUACAUACAGUACGCAUGCGAAUGUGCAUGCGCAUAGGCGUUACGUCAAUUUAUCUAGACAGCCACUUCCUCGCGCGACCCCCUGAUUUCCUUUUUUUUCUCCCCUGCCCUGUCUUCUACCUGCAUAAGCCCAAUCGAAUUCGAGAUGGCGAUCUUAGUCGUGUUAUCUCCAGGAUAUCCUUCACACCGUGCAUCUGGAUAUAUAUAAUCCAUGCAGCAGAUCAGCCCUGGCAGGCGCUGACGGCAAAAGGCAAAACCCACGGAAAACAAAAUAAAUAAAAAAUAAUAGAAAAUAAACGUGGGUAUGGAAUAUGCGAAGCUCACCACCCAAUUCGCAACAUCCAGACAGGGCGAACGCGGCAGCCACCAAAUACCAAAUAGUUUGGUACUAGGUUCAACCAAGGAUACUGACUUGCCUGCUCCAUCUCAAACGGGCCCCGACAGAAAUGAGCGAACUGUUGAAAGAAAAUUCCUUUACACACGUGCCAUAUUGGACAAGAUACUACCCCUCCUACUGACCUAGCCCUUAUCCAUCGCGCAGCGAUGUACCGAAGUCUGAAAACGGUGAACAGUCGAAAAAGCAAUGCAGCAAGCGCGCGGCCUGUCUAGUUGAACCUCUCUCUACUUUCCCGGUCCGCCUGUGGCCAUCCGCACGUGCAUAAUUGAUUAAAUCGGGAGACUCUUUUUGACGGAUGCGCUCUUCUUUUUUCAUGUCCGAACCCCUACCGAUUCAUGAUGCUCCCCGCCUGGGAACUGGCCGGGCACGUGCAGUGCCUUUGCCGUUUUUCUUUUUAUCUAUUAAUAAUGGGUUUGGACUCGGGGAGGGAGUCUCCCCGCAGUGUAGGAGAUAACCAGAAAUGAUUUUUUUUUUUUUUUUUUCGAACUCGAGUACUGUAGUCUCGGUGGAGCAGGAAAGGGAGAGGUCGACCUGCCCUUCGUCUCUUCGUUCCUGAGCUGCGGAUACUUGUGAACGAUCACGGGAAAGAUGUACUGUACUGUACUUCGGAUGUAUGUUCAUGUGCAGGUCAAGGGCGCAUGCAAUAUAUUCUCCGCCGGACACGCAGUCGACUCGGGAGAAGAGAGCUGAUGGUCAACCUACGGACGUGAGAGUUAGCCCAUCUAUACACACCACCCCCUUCCACGAUGGGUCAUGGGUGUUCGUGUUCCAUCAAAAAUGAUAACCUACAGACAUAAACGCCCAGCUCAACCAGACCGAAACCCGAAACUCAUCACGGCUCCAAAUACCAAAACAUCUUCUUUGAGAAUUUAUAACUAUGGCCGCGCCAUUAGCUAAUCCUCUCAAGAAGUCCCGUGAAGAACUCCCGCCCGGCAAAUGGGGGCCGUAGAGCUAUUAAUAUUUCAUCGUCGGCAUUUGUUAAAAAAAAAAAAAAAAGGCUCCCUCCGCCCGCGGUUUCUCGUGGCACUACUCCCCGGUUAUUGAAAAACGCUCUCAUCUUUGGGGAACAGUCAUGACUCUUCAGGCUCUCUGCCGCAUUGUAUCCGAAUCUGUCUAUCUCCUCUUCCUCUGCUUCUACUUCUUCUACUCAUAUUCCACCACCAACUGCCGUCCUUUCUCUCCUGGCUUCAAUUUAUAUCAACUUCUUCUCAUUAAAACUUUUCCCAUGCAAAAGUCUGCAUAUCUGAUAACGUUCGAAUUGCUAAUAACCCUUGCGCGUAUGCGUGUGUGUAUGUGGGUGGUUAGCGGGCCAGGAACGCGGUCAUACAUAUACAACUGACAGCUACAGGAUACAGACUACCUACAUUCCGGCGUGCGAAGUGAAUCUGGGACGGGCCUUACUGGUGGGUAUUUUUUUUUUAAUCUCUACGAGGCUGUCUGAGAAAGUAACUACGGAGUAAGGGGGGAAUCUUAUUAUUAGUGCGGACUACUCCGUACUCCAGCUGCACAUGCAGUCUGGUGGUGGGUGGUGGGCUGAGAAAGCAAAGACAUGAAAAUUAAAAAACUAAACCCAAGAAAAUGCUCUGCAUGAUGAAAAAAAAAAAAAUGUGAUUGGACCCCAAUUCAAUUGGGGGCCACCAUCUUCGCUUUUUUUAGCCAGCCUUGUUUGGCUGAGAGGGAAAGGAAGCACCUUUUGACUAAACGAAUCAAGAAAUGGUUUGAAAUUAUGGGAUUUAUAUCCAUAUUCCUCUUUGAGUAUAGAAUUUGGUAUAUCAUUUUCGAUUUCUUAUUUCAUACUUCGUACUUGCGGGGUAAGAGAUAAGGGGGAGGGGGAUAGGGCAUGGUUUUGAAGAUUUACAUGGUAGCUAGUCGAGUGCUCUGUAGUCUUGGUUUAGGAUGAACAGUCCUACCCACUACCAGCCUAUGAGAUUGAGAUGUUUUGAGUGUGAUAUUGUUGGCCAAAAUAAAAACUAAAAAUAAAACUAAAAAAUCAGCCCAUCAUCUUUUUAGAUGAGUACAGAUAGCCCCGCUGUUCCAUCCUGCUACCGUUGCUGCUGUUACUGUUCCCGUUGAUAUUUCUUUUGAAGCAAUUGGAUCAACCUCUUCAUUCUCG